GCAACAACAUGCGUCGGGCGUCGUGGAUGCGGUUCCGAUCGUCUCUCCAUCAGGUACUAGUAUAUUAUCCUUGGCGAGCAUACCUGAUGGUACGGUGGUCCUCACGUCAGCUACCUUAACGGUGUCAAUGUUAGUCAUCGCCGCGCAGCGGUCAACUUGAUCGGGUUGCAAUUGGCAUCCUGCAGACCUGCAGUCCUGCACAGCAGUGACUAUCUUAUGUACAUACGGUUAUUUAAAGAGAAGUCUGGCCCAUCCCAAGUGACUGGACCAUGGCUGACUUCACGCAUUCAACAUGGAGUUGUUGUAUCUCGUCAGCUCUGCGCUUUUAUGCACAGGAGCCGCAACUGCGAACGCGCAAGUGCACGUUACGGACAGAAGGAACGGCGUGACAUAUGAUGGACUAGAGCGUAACGGAAUUGAAGUUUUCCUCGGCAUUCCCUACGGCGAGGACACGGGCGGCGAAAACAGAUUCAAGCCCCCCAAGCGGCACGUUCCCCACCGUGGGAGCACCGUCAACGCGACAGCCUACGGUCCGUCAUGUCCUCAGCAGCUCGGAGAAUGGGCACCGCCCAUUUCGCUGGGCAAUAUCACCGACAUCUCGGAGGACUGCCUGAACCUGAAUCUGGCGCGGCCAAGGGAAACGCGAGCCACGGACCGACUGCCCGUGAUGGUGUACAUUCACGGCGGCAGCUUCAUAGCGGGCGAUAACCACGAUCCCAGCAUCUUGCCCGACGGCAUGAUCCUCGAGUCUGUGCGCAACGGCUGGCCGGUCGUGCAUGUUGCCCUGAACUACCGUCUGGGUGUCUUUGGGUUCGCACAGUCCGAAGCCCUAAAGUCUGAAGGCUCCGAAAACGCCGGCCUCCGAGACCAGCGACUCGGCAUCGAGUGGGUUCGCGACAACAUUGAGCAUUUCGGAGGUGAUCCGCACAAGAUCACGAUAUUUGGACAGUCCUCUGGCGGUCUUGCGGUGGGCAUGCAGCUCAUGGCCUAUGGCGCCAGCAAGCCGGUUCCUUUUCAGCGGGCUAUCUGUCAAAGCCAGGCACUCGAACCCGGAAUCACCGGCAACUUCACUAUCGAUGCUAUGCAGGCCGUGGUGGACUACGUUGACUGUGGUGACGCAAGCGGCGAUCUGCAUUCGAAGGAAACGGUGGCUUGUCUGAGGAAUCUGGAUAUGGAGACUCUCCUCAAUGCCUCGCUCGCCACAUUCUCAUCCGUCAUUUCUAGCAACAUCGGCGAUAUCUGGCUUCCUGUUGUCGACGGCGACUUUCUUCCGGCUGCUCCCUCGAUACUUAUCCGGCAGGGCCGCUUUGCCAAUGUCACCACCAUGAUCGGCUGGUGCCAAAACGACGUCACCUUCUUUACUGACCCUACGAUCGAGACCCCGGAAGACACGCGCAAGUUCAUAUCUUCUUACGUUCCUGAUCUGACCAGCUCCAACGUGGACAAGCUGUUGUCCCUCUAUCCGGUCUCCGACUUCGUGGCCGAGGCAACAAGCACGCUCUCCAGCGAAUUCUUCCGCGCUGCCCGGAUCUUCCGGGACAUCAUCAUGACCUGCCAGCCGAUAUGGUACGGACAACACAUCGCCAAGGCCGGAAAUGACGUUUACCUGUACGACUGGAACCAGACAAUUCUGGAGCCCAUCAUAGACGAGGCAGCUGGCCGCACCGGCUUUGGUCCAGUGCACACCUCCGAAUUCGCCUACAUCUUUGGAAACCUCUCUCACUAUAACACCAGCGGCCAACCGUUCCAUCCGACACCAGACGAUUACAGACUGGCGGAGCGGGGCUCGAGGUCCUGGUCUACGUUUGCUGCCACGGGUCGACCUAGCCUACCUGGCCACGACACCUUCCAGGGAUUCAAGCAGGCCUUUCCUGCUGGUGGGCAUGACGUGUAUAUUUUUGGGGCUGGGGGCCCCUCUGAAGGGCUCUCUGCCAUUGACGGAGCACGUUCCAAAGGUCCCAUGCGCGUGCAGAAGCUGAGGGAAAGGUGUGCUUUCAUCAACUCGCCCGAAGUGAUUGAGCAGUUGAGAUAUUGAUACCGGACAAUGUAUUGUACCUGUAUCUAUCUAUUCUAUCUUCCUCUCCCUAGCCAGUCUGCUCACACCGAAGCCCAAUUACCCCUUUAAUCUAAAUUGAAAACUUGAAGUUGAAUAGCAAAUCAAUCAUCUUCUCAACCUCAAAUUAAACUUGUGC